CCCGAAGAGCGGCGCUAUGGGGAAGAAGGGGGACCGGGGGGCCAAGGAGAAAGGGGCUGGCGUGAGCCUUGAGGAGGAAGGAAAGAACGCGGCUAAAAGGAGUGACCCACAUGGCGAAGAGGAGUAUCAGUGCACAGGCAUCCUGGAGCAGGAUUUCAAUGAACUGUGCUCCCGCGCCGGACUCACCAAAAUCCCCAAGGUCACAGUUAGGCUGCAGUCUGCCUUUAACCUCUUCCCACCAGAGGAAAGCGACAUGCCAGCCGAGAAGGAGGUCCCAGCCAGCCUCACCCAGAUCCAGAGCAAGUAUGCCUACUUCCGGCCCUGCAUCCAGACCGAGCUGGAGCAUGACGACCCCAAGAGCGUCCGUGAGAUCUUCCUGCGAGGUUGGAAAAUUGAAGAGAAAAUGCUGGGUGUUUUCAGCAAGUGUCUGCCCGCCCUUGCCAACCUGCAGGCUGUUCACCUCUGGAAGGUCGGCCUGACAGAUCUCUCGCUCCUCUCUCUGAUCGCUAUCCUACCAAACUGCCCCGCCCUCAAGACACUAACGCUGGAGGGGAACCCGUUAGCUGAGGGGUCCUUCUACAGGCUGAUUGGAGAGGAGAGCACGGUGGCUCAUGUGUCGCUAAGAAACAACAACAUCGGUGACGCCGACGCCAAGCUGAUCGGCCAAGCCCUCUCCACGCUGAAGUCUUCCAACAAGAGCUUAGUCUCGCUGACCCUCAGCUUCAAUAACAUCUCGGACCUGGGGGCAGGUUACAUUGCGGAGGGCUUGCGGUUGAAUCGCUCUCUGCUGUGCCUGUCUCUGGCACACAAUCAGAUUGGAGACCAGGGAGCCCACAAGCUCGCAGAGGUUCUGGGACCUUUCGCUUUAACUCACACCGAAGUCGUGGAGAGGAGGCGACUUUUACUGGAGAAGGAAUCCCAGGAGCGGUCCCGGUCGCCUCUGAGACAUGCAGAUGCCAAGAGCAGCGAGCGUCCCUCCAGCCUUGUCAGCAACACCACCAUCGACAAGCUGCAGGUGGCCAAGCAGAGCAAGAGCGGGUCCAAGAAAAAGGAGCCUUCGAAGAAAGAGGAGAAAACUCAGGCCAGCACUGCAGGUGGCGGGGGGGUUGUGGGCGGCCCAGCCUUUGUGCCCGCCAAGAAGGAGGACGCUAAACAAGCCAAGAAAAUGGUUUCCACCCCCGAUCAAAAAGCUGUUCGAGGCAAAGGAACCAAAUCGGGCACCAAGGAGAAGCGCAGCCUGCCGCCGGAGCUGGAGGUGCUGGAGCCCACUGAGAUCAUGAACCCACUCCUGGAACAGGCCGAGCACCGCGACGGGAAGGUCUUCCUGCCAGGCAACCGCGUGCUCAUCAACUUAAACCUCACCUGUACGUCGGCGUGGGGCCCGGGGCUGGCUGGAAACCCACCAUCUCACCUGGCAGGGGAACCAGAUCACAGAGCAGGGCCUGAAAGCAUUCCUGGCAGCCGUGGAGAGUCAGCAGCAGGCCAGCAAGGCCACAGCUGGGGUCAAGUGGCAGAUGGGCCUGCUGCGGCUGUCUCUGGGGGAGCUGAUGCUGCCACGCGACCCCACCUACAGGCAGCUGCCCAAGGCGCCGGAGGAGGAGCUGGCUGCGCCCAGCUAGGGGCUGGAGGGGGGAAAGCAUCCGCUCACUCGAAAGCAGAAGAGUCCCACAGGCCUGGAGAGCGCGAGGGCAGCCCCUUGUGUGGGAUUUCUGGCCCAGCCCAGCCUGUAACCGUUCCUGCCUGCCAUUAAACAGC